AUGAACGACAAAAGCGAUUCAAUAUCCAACAUCUACGUCCCCGGCGGAGAGUACUGUGAUGUGCCCGGCACCAAUUUGGAGAGUGGAUAUUGGGCUCUCGCAGUGGGAAUGGCCAACGACAGGAACAAUCGGCAAUCUAUCGAAGCCUUACCCGACGGCAUUGCGGGCAAAUAUUUUACCAUUUUGAAAAGCAUCUAUGAGGGAUUCGGUUGGGCAUCGACAGAACCAUACUUUCCUCUGGAGGAAAGUCAUCUAGCUGCGAUCAUCGACUAUUGGAACGACCAUCACCGAGACAAGUACAGACUCAUCCAAGAUGAGGGAGAACCGAGAGUCUGGACCAAGGUAAUGAAUCACAAAUCAAGGACGGUCCUUGUUCGUUCUGUCAAAUGUCGCUGGCAGCCCUGCGGAUACUUUGAAAGGUCAGAAACCAUCAAGCGUCUCCCUGUGGAGUCUCAUCUGGUAGCCCGCCGCAUCGAGACCGCCUCGACUCUUCCCAAGCAUCAACCUGUUCCUCGACUUCGAGUGCAAACUUCUGCCACACCUGACGCCCAACACAACGUCGACAAUUCAGAGGGGCCUGCCAUAGAAAUCCGUAAGACCGCCGCUACCAUCGAAUCCAUUGCAACAAAGCUACACACCACUCGCGCAAAGAUCGUUCCUGCUGUCGAGAAGCCCACCAAAUCGCUGGACAAGUAUGAACAGAAAAAGGGAGAUCUACAAACAGCCAUCGACAAGCUCACUGCCACCGUAGAGGAGGCUGUCUUAGCCGAACAUCAGCCCCCUCCUCGUGCCACAGCUCACGACACUACACGCUAG